GCGGAGUGCGGAGUUUUCUCGAAGAUCCAGCGUCGGUGCGAGCCGUACGACAUUAUGACCCGCUUGACCGGGCCGAACUAUCUAUCGCCAGCAGCGAAACGCGUCGCGUCGCGAUAAACGCGGUGUCCUCGGUGACCAGGGCGAAGCCGUCUCGUCUCGCCGAGCCAGGACCGAGCCAGGACCGAGCCAGGACCGAGCCAGGACCGAGCCAGGACCGCCCGGGGCAGCUGCGCCAAGGGCAAGGGCCAAUAGGUACGCGCGCCGCGUCGCCGCCGCGACAGGAUGCCGCUCUUCGGGAAGAAGGACUCCAACAAGAAGCUCAAGAAGGACGGCAAGGACGAGAAGUCGCCCUCCGUCGACGACAAGUACGUCCUCAAGGAGCUCCUUGGCACGGGUGCCUUCUCGGAGGUAAGGUUGGCGGAAAGCAAAGAGAAGCCAGGCCAAAUGUUUGCCGUGAAGAUCAUAGACAAAAAGGCAUUAAAAGGAAAAGAAGAUUCCUUAGAGAACGAGAUCAAAGUUUUGAGAAGGUUCAGUGAAACGGUGACACCACAGAGUGGUGACGGCCCGUUCAAGUCGACUAGUAGUGGCGAAAGAGGAUGGCUAACGCAUCCGAACAUCGUGCAGCUGCUGGAAACGUUCGAGGACAAGCACAAGGUCUACCUGGUGAUGGAGCUGGUGACCGGGGGCGAGCUCUUCGACCGGAUCGUGGAGAAGGGCUCCUACACGGAGAAGGACGCCUCGGGGCUGAUCCGGCAGGUGCUGGAGGCGGUGGACUACAUGCACGAGCAGGGCGUCGUUCACAGGGACCUCAAGCCGGAGAACCUUCUUUACUACAGCCAGGACGAGGACAGCAAGAUCAUGAUCAGCGACUUCGGCCUGUCCAAGAUGGAGGAUUCCGGAAUCAUGGCGACGGCCUGCGGCACGCCGGGAUACGUCGCCCCGGAGGUGCUGGCGCAGAAGCCUUACGGCAAGGCGGUCGACGUCUGGAGCAUAGGAGUCAUCUCGUACAUCCUCCUCUGCGGGUACCCGCCGUUCUACGACGAGAACGACGUCAAUCUCUUCGCGCAGAUCCUGAAAGGUGAAUUCGAGUUCGACUCGCCGUACUGGGACGACAUCAGCGACUCCGCCAAGGACUUCAUCCACAAGCUGAUGUGCGUCAACGUCGAGGAGCGGUACACCUGCAAGCAGGCUUUGGCGCAUCCCUGGAUAUCCGGCAACGCGGCCAGCAAUAAAAAUAUCCACGGCUCCGUAGGAAAGUCUCCCUGUUGUCUCAUGGUUGCAGCAAGCGUACCACGCGGCCACGGUGAUCCGCCAGAUGCAGCGGCUGGCCCUCAACAGCGGCCAGCAGCACCAGGGCCCAGGACCGACCGGCCCCUCCACCGGCCCCUCCACCGGCAGCCCCACGCCGCGCCCCGACCCCAACCACCGCAACCCCCCGCCGACCCCGAGCGGCCUAAACUGAAGUCGGCGCCUCUCCCUCUCCCUCUCCCUGUCCCUCUCCCCCUCCCCUCGCCCGGACCCGCGCCCAAGUCUCGCGCCCUCCCGGUAUCGCCUCCCGGCUCGCCCCUCUAUCUGCACAACAAGCGCUUCCGGCUCUGGGGCGACACGCGCACGGCCCUUUCCACGCUCUUCAGGGCCAACGUGUCCUACUUGAGAAAGCAGCGCAAGCACAAGAAGAGCUGAACGUCCUCGGACCGCUGUCGCUUGGAAUCGCGAGGUCCGCGGGUCGCCCGGGGCUCGGGAAGGACUUUCCCGGGACGUUGUAGAUGCUUCGAAGCGGCGAGAACGACGCCGGGUUCGUUAUCGGGCCGAGGAGAAGGGUAGUUUCCUUUUGACGGUAUACGAGAGCGCGACGUAGAAAGUAAUAUAUGUAAAUAUAUUAUGAAUCUCUUUUAAUUCGUAAAGCGAGGGGCCCUCGAGGUGUCGGCGCGACGUAAGAUUUACGAUUCGCGCGGAUGGAAGGGAAGUCUCUCGAUCGCCGGCCCAGGGUUUUGCCAUCCCUGCCCCGAGGAAGGAGCGCGGAUGCCAGCCGCGAUUCGGGUCGGGCUAUCCGCCGACGCGAGAGAUUCCUUCUCGUUACCGUUGUAACGUUUUAUUUUCGCUUUCGGAAGGACGAAAUCUAAACACGGUUUCGCGGGGCACGAGCGCCGACGAGCUUCCGGGGCGAAUCGACGCGGAAUCGAUAGCGGAUCUUCUCUCCGGGAAUCUCGGUUCCCGUUUUUUUUUUUUUUUUUCGAUAUUCGACCGAUCGCUCCAUUCGCGGGAAGCGAGCCCGGCUUCUUCGAUGGUUGUUUACCGUCCAGGGGGUAGGACCGACAGGCCGAUACCUUUCUUAAACGCGGUUGCCGAUCGUUUGCCAUUCGCUUCGAUUUAGAAAUAGCGCGAACGUGUACAUACGUACGAUUCGGUGAUCGCGGGAUCGAUCACGCGGUAAAACCCGUUGCUUCCGGUCCAAAGGAUACGGACUCCGAUCGAUUUCGUUGCGUCCGGAUUCUUUGACGUUGAGCGCAUCCGGAGGUCAAUCGACCCCGAUCGAAACCUAUAUCGUCUCUUUUACAAAACUCUACGGAAAUGGCCACUCGUUUUGAGUUGGCAUCCUCCUCCCGUUUCUCGAGCGAUGCGGCCGGACGUUUCCUAUGCUCUCGCGUUAGAUGACGCGUAUAGCACGGUUCACCUCCGAACCGACGUCGUCGGCCGCGAAACGUUAACCUAGGCCAAAACGGAAGUAAACGAGUAGUUUAAAGCUUUCUCAAAGGCGACGGGACGCUUCCUUCUCGACCGAGCCUUCGUCCUUCGUUUAUCCGCAGCUCCGAACGGAAGUCGUGAUAUUAUCGUAACGAGAACGGCCGCCGCGUUGGACCGAUAAGUCCGUCCGAAAGGCGGGCGCUAUCGGGACAGGUACGAGAGCGACGCGCGGCUGGGAUGAAUGGCGUUACGGUUAACGAUAAUUUUAAGACAUAAGAAUACACGUAUACACACACACACACACACACACGCAAUCAUUAUUGACCGCUGCGAGCUAACGCGAGUAACGAUGAUUUAGGCAGGGAGAAUAUCGUACCGGACAAGGUUCUAACGAUGUGCUUGCAAGCUCGGUGUCCACGUCCCGGUCGCGAAACCGAGGCACAAUAGUCGAUACGCGGUACGUGUCCGUUGUCAAGCGAUGCAUUGGUCCAUUCUGGAGUGCCUUCGGAUGACAUGAUGGUGGUUUAUAAAAAAGGGACCCCCGACGCGUCCGGGGACAAAGUUCGGGGUUUAUACUACGUUGACGUUCCUGCUUGUACUCGAGUACUUACGAAUCGUCGUCGCGCGAUCAGCUUAAAUACCUUGUAAGAGUUCACCGGCGAAUCGCCGGGUAACGAGAACGUAACGCGAGUAGACCAGGCGAACGCUAAGUAGAAACUUUGUAAGGAAACGCUCGAGUGUUCGGCUGCACCCGGUAAUACCCGAUACCUCUACCAAUGUACGUUAAACCGAGCCCGACCGAGUCCACUCGGUACCCUCGGUACCCUCGCCCCUUAUCCAUGACUUCUUGUACAAUGGAUCUUGUAAAGAGUUUGACGAAGGAACGCGACGUAAGGUGGGCUCGCUGGAUCCGUCCACCGUUGAAACCAAACUCCGGUUUCCCGCCAGCAGCGGAAACGUCCCAUCGGCGAUGCCGAAAUUCAAAGCAGAUCGACACGGGACGUAAUCGUUAUCGGCUAGCGCAGUUUGGUUUUAACGACGUUGGAGCAGGGUAAAGACCCUCGGCGAAUCCAAAGGACCGUUUACGAGGCGCGCGGACCUGCCAGGCCGCGUAUUACAUCGAUUUACUGUACAUCGAGUUUUAGUAACGAGCUUUUCACUUAAUUCCCGGUAGUACGUGUACAUGUAGCGAUCCAUUAAAGGAGGUUUAAACCCUUGAAACCCUUUAAA